UACACUGAUAACCAGUUUGCCAUGUUGACCCCCUCGCAUCAUAGCAACAACAGCAUCAGCACCGGGCAGAGCUCCGGGUCGAACCCCGGGCUGACCCUGGCCGGUCACACCACGGUGGCCGUGUUCCUCGGGGUCAUCCUGGUGCUGGGCUUCCUCUGUAACUUCCUGGCGCUGCUGGUGUUCUCCCGCUUCCACUGGCUGCGGACUCCGGUCAACCUGCUGCUCAUCAACAUCAGCGCCAGCGACAUGCUCGUCUGCAUCUUCGGGACUCCGCUCAGUUUUGCAGCCAGUGUGCGUGGCAGGUGGCUGACCGGCUCCUACGGCUGCCGGUGGUACGGCUUCUCCAACGCGCUGUUCGGUAUCGUCUCCCUGGUGUCUCUCUCUCUGCUGUCCUUUGAGCGAUACUCAGCGUUGCUCCACAGCGCCCAGUCAGACUCCUCUCAGCAGCGCAGGGCCCGGCUCGCCGUGGCAGCCUCUUGGCUCUACUCGCUGGUGUGGACUCUGCCACCGCUGCUGGGCUGGAGCAGCUACGGGCCCGAGGGUCACGGCACCACCUGCUCGGUCCAGUGGAAUCAGCGCUCGGCCACAUCUCGCUCCUACGUCAGCUGCCUGUUUAUCUUCUGCCUGCUCCUGCCUCUGAUGCUGAUGUUGUUCUGCUACGGGAGGAUCCUGCUGGCCGUACGAGAGGUAGCAAGACAGGUCACCGACAUCAACCGGUCGUCAGCUGAGCAGAGGGAGGGCCGUAUCCUGCUGAUGGUGGUCUCCAUGGUCACAGGCUACCUCUUGUGCUGGAUGCCAUAUGGUGUUGUGGCGAUGCUCUCCUCCUUUGGACGGCCUGGCACGUUGCCGCCCACUGCCAGUUUAAUCCCCGCCCUCCUAGCAAAGGCCAGCACCGUCCUCAACCCUUUUAUUUACGUGCUGCUCAACAAGCAGUUCUCCAGAUGUUUCCUGAACAUGAUCAGGUGCAGCUCAGAAGCCCCGCCCACCCCGGGCCACCUCACUCUGCCCAGCAGCGAGGCGGCGUGGCCUCAACCUCGCAACCCGACAACAGAGGAACUACAUUCACCAAAACACACACCUGCAGCAUCCACACCCACUGUCCUGCCCUAACCCCACCCUACAUAUGGAAGGUUAUUAAUAGUUAGGCAUGUUGACGUCAUGUCCUUAGCAGAAAUGCACUGUUUUACUUCAGUCCAGUGUCAGUGCAUUUUGUUCCCAAUACAAUCUCAUGGAUUUGAUUAGACUUGAAACUGUAAUUCAAUUUAACAUCAAUACCAUUUCAAGCACUCCACUUUACACUCAGGGUAAUGUUAAGUACAUUAAAGUCAAGUUUGACUACAUGGAAGAAUGAUUUGUUCUGUCCGAUUGUUUUGUCAUCAGUGGAGGACACUGUGUUUCAGCUGUGAGCUGCACACAUUGGAUGGAUGACAAAAUACGUGA